AUCUCGCCGGAUAAGUGGUAACUCUGCAUCCCGCGGACGGCCGGUCGAAUCCGUGACGUCGUCUACGUGCUGUGCUCCUCUCGCGUGUGUUUCGUCACGUUGUGCAGUGAUAUUCGUAUUGUGGCCACGUAACGCGGACCCACGAGCAUGGCUCCAAAGAAAGUCGAGGAACCCGAGCGGAAGCCGCUUAUUGGUCGCGUUGGCACCAAUUUGAAAAUGGGUAUAGUCGGGAUACCGAAUGUAGGAAAGUCGACGUUCUUCAACGUCCUCACCAAGAGUCAAGCGGCGGCCGAGAAUUUCCCCUUUUGCACCAUCGAUCCCAAUGAAAAUAAAGAACAAAGUUAUCUAAAGGAGAGGAACGUAAGAGUAAAAAUGUGUGACAAGAAGGAGAACUUUCUGCAAUCUGUCGGAGAUGAUUCUUAUCGUGACAAACAAACAAUUCCCGCACAUACACCGUCUUCGAUCGUAUAUCCAAAGGCAUAUUUGUAUCACGCUUUCGCUGAAGAUAUACAUCCGAUGAAAAGGAUCGAUGCAGCAUCUAACAUUUUCAAAGAAGAAAGGUUUCUAUUAGGCAGAAAACGUAUUCAGGAUUUUCAGACAGAAGACGAAGCUAUGAGUCAAUACCUGAGAAAAGAACCGACAAGCUUCAUCAUUUUCGGAAAACCAGGAUUAGACCAUAUCGAUGUAGCAUCAGCGAUCGCCGACACUUGGAACUGCAUCUUAAUUUCUCCCUUGACACUGAUACGGCAAGAGAUUGACAUGGAUACCGAGAAAGGUCGAUGUAUAGAGAGAAUUCUGCGAGCCGGUGGAUGCAUUGGACCGGAAAUCUUUAUGGAUUUGAUACGGUGCAGGGUCAGAAUGAGGGACGUCAGGCACAGAGGCUACGUCGUUGCGGGUUUGCCGUUGCUUCCACCGACCAUAAGCUUCGAUUCAUCGCAUUCUGUCUCAGACGCAGUCUCGGAUAAUUCAGAAAUUUGCGGGAAAGCAACAGUUGAAACUUGCAAGCCACAAGAAGAUCCGAAUACGUCCGAUAAUUCAGGCUGCAAAACGCAGAUUGAUCACGAGCAACAAAUUUCUCAGGUAGUUGAUGAAAUCUUUACCGUGUGGCCGAUGAAACCUCUGAUAAUCAUUUAUCUUAUGUGUCCGAGUGAAGACAUUGCGAGUAAGUGCAGUCGCCGGUACAUGGAAAUCGGAACAGACAAAGCUGUCGAAGCGGAAUCCGCGACGCAAGUAAAUGAAGUUGAAGAUGGAAUUGAAUACGACGUACAGGAUCCUUCGUAUGAUUUUUCUGAUAUUACAAACAAAGACAAGAAUGAUAAAGAUAAGCCUUAUUUCAUGAGACAAAGCUGCAGGAAGGAAUACAUUGAAGCAGAAUGCUAUCUUUAUGAACAAUUAGCAUUACCAGUGAUUGAUAAGUGGAUCCUCGCACACGAUCCUCAACAUGUAAUCCGCGUGGACGGACGUAAUUCUGUGCGAUGGAUACUCGAGAUUCUCAAAACUCGUUUGUGCACUUUGGCGUUGCAACCAUCGAUUCUUCCGAAGCGAAUGAUCGAACGGCACGACAUACAUUUUGUGGAAACAUCAGAGAUGAACGAUGAGCUUGCAGAAAAGUCUGUCGAAGAAGCUUUCGAGAUUCUGAAGCGAAGAGAAAUUGUGUCGCCUAGAUUCCCCUGGGGACUAUCCGCGUGGAAGUUUUACUGUCCAGUCAAGCUAGCUCAAGGACGAACCGUUAAGGGACUUCCGAAGCACGCGGUACGAUUCCUGAAUAAGAUCUUUUUCCUUUCCUCGGGAGAAGCUGAGAACUUGUUCGUCGAGAAUCCAAGAACGUUCUUGUCGUCACCGAAUCCACGACCGAUCUGUAAAAUAGCAGUGUUCGGACCUAGAUACGCCGGUAAAUCAGAACUUAGCGCGCGAUUGGCGAAAGAUCUCGGGGGAGCAAUCAUAAAUGUUAACGAGAUUGUAGAUGAAUUUAUUAAACAGCGCGAGGAAUCUCAGACGUUACACGAGAACGAUUCCGUCGUACAAGGUUUGCUAGAUCACGCGGAACGUACACGUGACGAAUCUAUAGACAUGUCCGUUGACGAAAAGGCCGAUAUCAUUAUACAAAAUAUUAAGAGUAUACCCGAUGAGAUAGAAGAUGAUUUACGAAGAGACGGUGGAUACAUUGUCGAUGGAAUGUACGUGGACAUCGAAGUCUGGCGAAAAGUUGUCGAUGACGCCAACAUUGUAUUCGAGGACAUUAUCGUUUUGUUUGAAGAAGCGCCAUAUACUUAUUUGUUAAAUAAGUUGCACGGUUUCUUCCGUUCUGAUUCAAUAAUGGACGCAGAUCAUGAAGAAUUUCGGGAAAAUGAGGAAUGGGACUACCUCGAACACUUGACGCAAUUUGAAUCAAAUUGGAAAACGUUUGAGAAGCAAAUCUCAGAGUUUGGUGGAAACGUAAUAAAGUGUAAUCUCGCGGACAUUAAAGAUGUAGCACAAUACGUAAUAAACCACAUCCGGCAUCGUUUCAGCGCCAUAGAAACUACUAUAAACGCUAAAGAAGAGAAUGAAGAGAAUGAAAAUUUAGACAAUGCAGUAAUUGUGAAAGAAAAAACGGAUUUAGUUGACAAAGAAUUUGGAAAAGGAGAACAGAAACAUUCCGCAUUUACGGUCGAUCUUGAAACGGCCGAGCGACUUCUCGAAUGUGGCUACUAUUUUCUUAGCUCCUUCGGUCGAUGGUGUCCCGUACAAAUGUACACCAAUGAGAUACCGAUUCAAAUGUUUCUACCGAUGAGGGCUCGCGGUCAGAUUUUUCCCGUCGUUCAUCAUCCGUAUAUCUAUUUUCUUGGCGGCGAAAAAGCAUUCUCCGCGUUCCUAGACGAUCCCUUAAAAUGGCAAACUUUCGUCGCGCAGAAUCUCUCUCUAUCGCCUGUUCCGCUUCGAAUCUCCAUCAUUGGGCCGCCAAACUGCGGUAAAACAACACUGGCAAAUCGCUUCGCUGAAACAUAUGGUAUGGAGGUAAUUAAUGCCGCAGAGGCGUUGCAUAAUAUGUUGAAAUAUUACCACUGGUUAGAGUCGGUGCGAAUAAUCGAAGAUCAGCUUCAAACGGGUCAGCCCGCUCGGAUAGAAUCCAUAACGCGUGCCAUCGAGAUGUGCUGUCUAGGAUUGCGUGCAACAACACAGGGUUAUAUCCUGGAUGAUUUUCCUUUUAGUCAAAAACAAGCUGAAUUACUGGCUGUUCUAGGGAUACAGCCGAUGAUCGUGCUCUAUCUCAAGACGGAUCUACAAGAUUGUCGCGAAUACUUCACACAAGAUAACGACAACGCAAAAAGACCGCAGUACUUCUAUGCCAACUUCCAGCGGCAAUAUUACGCCAGCGAGAAAGAUCAAGCAAGUUUUCCAGACUGGCUGAAAAAGUUUUCGCAAAACCUAGUCGAGUUGGACGCAACUAAAAGCAAGUGGUACGUGUGGACUCACGCGGAUCGCGCGGUGCGCUCGCGGUUCGCCGAGAUCAUGCUUUACCUUCGCGACGUGGACGUGGACAAAGUCCACCGUCUGAGAUACAUGUGUGUGUCACCGUUCGAGUUUCAAACGCGGCAAAGUCAGUACAAAUCGUACUGUCCGGUCUGCUUGUCCUGCGGGAACAUUCUCAAGACCUCUGGCGAGCUAGUGGACGCUGAAGGAAUGGUUCAGUUCAGAGAAUACUUUUACUGGAUCUGCCCGCAACAUCUGGAUGCUUUUGUCAAGGAUCCGUUGCAGUAUCUUCCACCCAACAAUGUCGCUCUUCCCGAUGAAUUACCUCGGAUACUUUGGGAGACGGUCGACGCGGAGCACGCUUGCUGGGCGCGACGUCUUCAAGCCGACGGAUUGUGUCUGGUAACUUACGUCGACAGCCUGCCGGACGAUCGCAAGCUGAUACAAGGUAGAGCUGAUCUAGGUGUCAUCUUCGCGGAUAAGGUAUAUCUCUUCUGCAGCGAAGAGUGUCGCGAGAAAUUCCUCGCGCAACCUGUUAAAUAUUCCAAAGUGAACAUCACGGUUCCUCGCGAGAUUACGCCAAUCGAUGUGCGGCGUCUGUCGGACGUUAGUUUCUUGAAGACAACGGUGUCGCGAAUGUUGAUCGAGGCUGUGAAUCUGACCGUCAAGCAUCGUCCGAAGAUAUUUGGUCUGUCGGCGGCUGCCAGCGCGGCGAUCUACAUCGGCGUUUACUUGAAGAGGCACAACAUAUCCGAGAGCGUGACCGAGGCGGAUAUUUAUCAGAAUGUGAAUAAUCGAAUCACGAAAGAAGGCAGAAUUAUAGAGAUUGUCACCGAUACCAUGAAGAGAAAGCUUAAUCCAUACGUGUCUUUACCGAAAUAUUGCAAUUCACGUCGUGUUCCGGUACCUGACGCGAGGUUCGACUAUCUCUGCGAAUACUUUAAGCCAGCUAGUAAAGUUCCCGCUUUCUUGCACGUGAUGGACAUUGCCGGACUGGUGAAGGGCGCCGCCGAGGGACAGGGCUUGGGAAAUAAUUUUCUCUCGCAUAUCGGCGCGUGCGACGGCAUAUUUCAUCUUUGUCGUGCCUUCGAGGACGACGAUGUCACCCACGUGGAGGGCGACGUUAAUCCUGUAAGAGAUCUCGAUAUCAUCAGCGAGGAGCUACGACUGAAGGAUGUGGAAUUCUUAAACACGCAUCUUGAGAAGCUCGAGAAACUCGUGAUCCGCGGCAAUGACAAGAAACUGAAACCUGAAUACGACACGCUUCUGAAGGUAAAGAGCGUUCUGCUGGAUGACAAGAAACACAUCAGGUUCGCCGACUGGAGUGCCAACGAUAUUGAAGUACUCAACAAAUAUUUGUUCCUCACAUCAAAGCCAAUUAUUUAUUUGGUGAAUCUCUCAGAAAAGGAUUACAUACGCAAGAAGAACAAGUGGUUAAUCAAAAUAAAGGAAUGGGUGGACAAGAACGACUCGGGCGCGGUGUUGAUCCCCUUCAGCGGCGCCUGCGAGAACAAGAUCCUUGACAUGGACGAGGCGGAGCGCGCAAAAUACUUCGAGGAACACAAAGUCACCAGUGCGCUCGACAAAAUUAUCGUACAAGGAUACAAAGCGUUACAGUUGCACUACUUCUUCACGUCUGGUCACGAUGAAGUUAAAGCAUGGACAAUUCAAAAAGGCACGAAAGCGCCCCAAGCUGCUGGAAAAAUACACACGGACUUCGAAAAAGGAUUUAUCAUGGCAGAAGUGAUGAAAUUUGAUGACUUCAAAAACGAGGGCUCGGAAGCAGCGGUGAAGGCCGCUGGAAAAUACAGACAGCAAGGACGUAAUUACGUGGUCGAGGACGGCGAUAUCAUCUUCUUCAAGUUCAACGCAGGUGCCGGAUUGAAAGACGCAAAGAAGAAGUGAUGGCACGCGUUCCUCAUGUUGUUGCUCGUCCAUCUGUACAUCAACAUGAUCCUGUUAUCCUGGUGCGCACGUCCGCGCGUCGUCGAUCAAUCCAGUUCGCUCCUAGAUCCUCCCUGACUAUCUCGUUUGUAACACAGCACGUGUACACGUGUCAAGUGACACGGCGAUAGUAACAAUUAUUUUUAUAUUAAUUAUGUAUUGUCUUUUAUAGACUCGAUCGUUCUCGUGAUAUAUGUUCGACAUUUUAUCGGGAAUGAUUCAAUUUUCUUCUUGUUCAAAUCACGCGAAACGCAAGUAUCUAUCCGAUAUUGCCUUCUAUGAGCUACGCAAUAUCACGGCGUAGAAAAACAAAAAAAAACAACGCUGCAUUUUCACAUUUGUCGUUACUGUACAUAAGUAGACGUUUUAAGUCGUGUUCUGCAUUUUGUAUCUUUGGUGUGAAAAUGUACGAAGAAAAGAAAGAGAAAGAGGAGGAGAAGAAGAAACGAAGGGGAACGACGUGCACGUAAAACAUUUCUUUGUACUCUUCUGUAUUUAUUCGAUCUAUUACAAUAGAUAGACGUACGAUGGUU